CGGUACCGUAAUACAGUAAUAAAUGAUUAUUGUUGUACUGGAAGUAGCCUAACGUCAGAACGUAACUGCAGACUGCAGGACUGGCAAUGGCAAGACUGUCUGACCGUAUCCGCCUGAUUCUCAGCUUCUCAUAUUUUAUUUUAUAAAGUCACAAUAAUGACCUCAGCCAGUGAUAGAGAGUCUCUGCAAAUGUAUGAACUUGCCUUAGUGAGGCUAAAUAAAUAUUUUCAAGUCUAUAAUCAACCAGAUGGGGGUUGCACUCCGAGAAAGAUGUUACAUUUCACAUCACAGCAAUUGAGGAACUUCCCCAAUUUGCUGAACUUUUACCAAAAUGGCCCAGAAUUUUCUUCUAAUUCCCGUCAAGUCGCACCAGACCAGUUUGAAGAAUUUUUCAAUAAUGUUCAACUUCUCAAAGACUUGAAGGUAUCCUGUUCUGGAGAAUUCAUUGCCGAAUUGCAGCACUUUCGAUCUUUGGAACGAGUUCACAUAGUGGGACCAUGUCUCAACUCCGUCAAAGGCUUACGGGCUGUCAGCACAAAUUUGCAUACGCUGAUUGCAGAAAAAGGGACAAUCACUUUGCAUGAGUUAUUAUCCUCAUGCUGCAUGGAUGAAAGCGGACCAAUGUCAUGGCCUAAACUACUUUGCCUCGAAGUUUCAGAAUGUUUUUUGACGAGCCUGGACUCUUCACUGAAACUUCUACCAAACUUACAAGAGCUGGACCUUAGCUUCAAUCGAAUAUCAUCGAUUGGGAAUGAACUUUGUUACCUGGAUCGCCUUACACAUUUGAAUCUUAGUUACAAUCGUUUGCCAGAAAUUCCACAGCUGCUUGGUAGAAUUCGAUGGAGAUUACAAUAUCUUUACUUAUCAUACAAUGAAAUAUCAACAUGUGAAGGUUUGGAAACGUUGGAAAGUUUAAUCGAACUCAAUAUCUCAAAUAAUCUACUUAUUCAACAUGAUACGUUGGUUCCACUGAGACGACUAAGUAAAUUGCAAAAACUUGACUUGCGAGGAAAUCCACUUUCUUUUAACAAAAACCAUCGAUUUUUGAGCCUACAGUCGAUAUCUCCAGAAUCUGUAAAACCAGAGUUUCUAUUGGAUGGAAUGCUCCUUUCAAAGAAAGAUUUAAAGGAUGUUAUGUAUACUCCUAUGGCAGUAUCAGUGCAACCUUACCCAAGCAAUCAUGAAUUUAUGAGUAUAAAUACUGCCGAGCCAGAACUUUAUGAUGUCAGUAUGUCAUCUGCUGCUGUAUUCACUCGUCGAAGAACAGAGGGAGAUUUAAUUCACAAAUUUUCAAGUUUGAAGAACAAAAGAAUGCCAGGUUCAACGUCUAAACUCAAUACAAAUGAUGAUAUUUUUGAACCUGAUGCCUCAGAUGAACUCACUGAUGAAGAAAUGCCUUCAAUGGAUUUUGAUCCUCCAAAUUCAUUUACUGUGGAAAAGAAAACAUCAGUUAGUGACAAUUCAGAUGGGACAUCAUCCAACGGAACUCCGCGAGACUUUGACCAAGACUCAGAUGCUUUAUCAAUGGGAUCUGCAAUUUCUCAAAAUUCUGUUAGCGAUUUACAAAUAUCUCAUGUAUCACUUUCAAGAAGCCCUGCCUCUUGUCAAGAUGAAAAAGAAAGUAGUAAAUUGACAGGGAACAGCGAUGAAUAUGCUUCACCAGUAGAUGAAUAUAAUGUCUAUGAUGAAUCUUCAUCUUACAAGAAUGGAGAUGACAGUAACAACUUAUUUACGAGUGCAACAAAUGAUUCCAAAACAAGUGGAACAUCGACACUGACAACAAUUGACAAUGGGGAAAUUGAAUUGGUUACUCUUCCACUACAUGUGAAAAGGAGCGUUACGAAUGAAUUGGAUACUGAAACAAUUUUGUCUGGUCCAAGUGAAGUUUAUCUCGCUGCAACACAUAAUCAUCUCAUUGAAAAAGAUAUUGAAACUGGAAAAUUAUGGGAAGAAUUGGAGCUAUCUACAAUAUCUGAUGUCUCAUUGAAUCUAAAUCAGAAAAUGCCAGUUAUUGAUUUGAAAUUUACAUAUUUACGAAAAAACAGAAGGACAAGACGUUAUGUUGUUUUAGACAUCGGUGCAAAUGAAGCAAUCGAACUUCUGUAUCGAGAGCUUGAAUCAGUUGCAUUUCGGAACAGAGAAGUAAAAAAUCGUAGUUACAUAUGUCUGAAAUGUUCUAAACAUUUCACACUGGGUCCUGGACAAAAUUUACCUCCUGGGAAAGAUGUGUCUGAUGAUACAAAAUCUUCCAACAUUCUUGGAGCAAUGAAGAAAUCACAAAGCGACCAAUCAAAAUCUAGUGGAAUAUUGUGUUCUUGUGGUAGUGACAAAGUUGUUGAAAAAGAAAUUUAUGCAAAUACCAAUAAUCUAAUCACUGUAAAUGAGGAUGAAUGUCAAGAAGCCACAGAAUAUGUUGCUGAAGUUACGAGAAGUCAAAAUAUACCUCGCAAAGAUUUACAUCGAUCUGCAAGCAUUGAUGUCGGAAGAACACUAGGUGGUGUAGAUGCAAGUUUGUCGUGGAUUCAUACACUUCAAUCUGUCCCCGAUGCCAGUUCUGGUUUUCAUGAACGACAACAUAUGCAUGUGACGGAAAAUGAAAGACAUUUAUCGGGUUCUUUGCCGACAGAUCUCUCGUCCGUUCUCAUGCAAACGAAGGACAAUCUUGAAAAUGCUGUGUCUGUACCCACAGUCGACAUGUCUCACCAAGCACAGACCCCUUUUAAAACGUUUUCUCAUUUGUUAACAACACAUGAUUUAUAUAAACUCAUUAAUGUUACACCAUCUAUCGUGACAAUGAAUAGCAAAAAUUUUACUCAGUAUGAUCAACAGACACAUGAUGUCUCAGAAAAUGUCAGAUUUACACCUCAACCAAGGGAUAAUCACACAAGUGCAAUGUCAUCUAUACCAAGCCACAAGAAAAUGAUUGUGACAUCAACACCACGAAGAAAACCAAAUAGACUGACAACUGACAAUGUUCCUUUGUCAGUCGGACAUAAUCCUGUGAUUCGCGAUGAUGGAGCUUCCAUAAUUGUACGAGAUGCGAAACGACGCAGAGGACUUAAUUUUGAAGGUUCAGAAUCGAAACAUAAAAUCGAUAGUUUAACGAUGGAAGAUUUAGCAGGAUUGCCUGUGGAAUAUUAUGAGUUCGAUGAAGCUAACGAAUCAAAAUCUUUCGAAUCUUGUGUCUUCAAAAUAAGCACAAAGUUAAAACGUUUCAUUGAAGAAGAAUUAUUAGAGGCAGAGGAAGAAAUUUGUUCAAUAGUGCAAACUAGAUUGAUAAGAGAACGCGGAAAAGUUUUGAAUACAACAGUGUCCAACACUCCACCCCGUGUUACAGGCAGCGGGAAAAAGAGAGGAUUGUUUGGAUCAGCAAAAAAGAAAAAAAUGACAUCACCGACACAGGGUGUUUCUACUCUUUCUCAAGAAAUAUCGCCACCGAAUGAAAUUGAUGUUCUUUUACUCUUGACAACAAAAAAUAUUCAGAUUUUACAGAUUACUGACACAAAGGUAGAAAUUGGUCCAGAGACAUUGGAGUGCUUGUCAUCCUACCAUCUCAAUCAAAUAUUGGGCAUAGAUCUUGGAUUGUCAAACUGUGCUUUGUAUUUUGCUGUCACUGGAAAUGAUUCAGACGAUUCGGAUAUCAAAAGUGAAUUUUCUCCGAGAAACACAUCAGGAAAAAAAUUUGGAUUUGAAAACAUAGAGCAAAUAUAUGCUGUGCAUUUCAGAGAUACAGAAAAAUGUGAACGAUUUUAUCAAUGCUGGAUGAUGUUGUACGAUGCUAGACAAAAUAUAAAUUCCUUAUCUGCGUCACUUCAUUCAAAUCAUAGCAGUGCUUCCAAUAAUCAACCAAACUCUGUUCUUAUUCCACCUGUCAAUGGAGACUGCAUGAGUGCAUUCUCAGAUGCAUUAGAGAAGAAUUUUUCUGAGCAUGUUUUAAUGAGUUUAGAUCUGAGUAUUCUGGAACCUAAAGUGAAGAAAACAGAAGUUGAGUCGAAUGAUUUCUCUAACAAAUUACUCACUGAUAAACUGUUUGUCUACAAACCGUGUUGGUUAUUUGAUGUAAACAUAGGAAAGGAGGUUCCCGUUGGUGUUGUUAUAUCAUGUGGCGGAUCUUUAUCAUUAGUUAUAGAAGAAUCAUCUCUCAUUAUGUUUGAGUUUGCUUCUGCUCUUGUUCAAGCAAAAAGAAGCAAAGCCAAGCAUGUGUCAAGAUCAAAUUCAUUUUCUUCCGAUGUAUCAUUAAGAAAUCAAUCUGUUAUGUCACCGUUGCAGCAAAUUAAUCAUUCAGACCUAAAUUCACUCAGCAGACAAGUUUAUGUUAAAAAGAUUUCAACAAAAUGUUCUGAAAUUAAAAGUAUUGUUCGGUACAAGGAUCAUCCUCUCUGUCUAGAAUUAAAUUUUGCAGAGUCAGCGGUACCAGAAAAUAUCUUCUUAACUUGGCAACUCAACUUUUCUUCACCAUUUUCACUUCUUGAUACUGAAGAAAUUCUCCGGGCAUAUUUUGAAGCAGAAAAGGGUUCCGAUAUUACAGCCAAUUGGAAAUGAAUUUUUUCUCGAAAUGGCCGUUUAUCAGAACUGUGAUGUACAUUGUGAAGCUGAUUCUACCUACACCAUUUAUAAAACCCUCAACCUUGGAAGCUUUUACGGGUAUUGUGUAAGGGGCUUCUGUUGAAAGCUUAUGAGAUUAAAAGUUUUUUCUUGUAAUUUUUAUGGUUUAUGUAAUCAUCUCUCAUUAUGAGUCCUUGCCGAUUAUUGUAUAUCAUCCAUUGACAACAUUGUGAAGGAUCUUAAAACUAUCAUUUCACAGUUUUAAAGAAUGAAAAAGUUGCUAUGAGCUUGUGGAGUAUUCUUACUUUGCGUAGCAUCGAUUUACCGUGUAUGGGAUUCACUGGAUUUUAAGAUUGGGUACAGUACCACAACAGAAGAAACGGCGACUCGCUUCUUUAAUCCCAAUUUUAAAAAUUCACAAUUGUGCUUCAUGAAAAAUAGUAAGAUGCAUCAAAUCUUGA